AUGACCAAGGUCGUUCUUCAGGCAUUUGCGGUUGGGUACGAACAAGAAACGUCGCGGGUCCAGCAAGACAGGCUGUUGCUGGUGGAGAUCAACUUCUAUGGCUUGCGAGAGCACGCAGACGAGGUUGGCAAGAAGAUGGCGAGCUUAGGGCUCUUCUUACAAAGGCCUCUUUAUGGAGACGUCGAGGUUCCACACUACAACCCACAGAUCCUCAGCAUCGAAGGCUAUAUUCCAAGAGAGUCGCAACAGAUGUUGACCAGCGCAUCCGCGGACACCGCUUCCCAGAAACAAGCAGUGUCGCCUCCAACGGUAGCAGCUCAAGAGACAGACUCUGAAGCGUUUGAUUCGAUUCUUGACUCGCUAUCGCACCACGCCAUACUGGACCAAGUGACCUCAAUUCCAGGCAUAAAGGGGGACCUACUAGGGUAA